AUGGACAUUUAAUUUGGCUUUUUAUUUUCUAGUCUUUACACUAAGACUACAUUAAUAUCAUCAUAACAUCUAUUCAUCUCAUAACCUAUACCAUACCUAAAUAUUACUCAUUUAAUUUUACUUCGACUUAUAAUAUAUUAAAUCAUACAUAGUUAAGUAGAUCUUGUGACCUUGUUAGCAAGCGAUCAAAAAAAGGUAUUUGGGUAUAAAUUUUACCUAAUUAGCAAGCAAUAAAAUAAAGGUAUUUGGGUAUCUAGCAACAAGCAGAACGAGUCAAGCAAUACAGACAAGGUCUAGACUAAAAGAUUGGGCAAUCACCCUAGCAACAGGCAGAACGAGUCAAGCAAAAUAGUCGGGAUUCCACCAAAAUUUCCUGGUUAGCAACCCAAAAAAGAGAUGAGUAUAGCCUUCUCGUCCAGAAGGUCUUGA